AAGGCGAUAAGAGUAUGCACCGAGGGCAAUUCCGACAUAUAACCGCCAACGGUAUCAACAUUUAAAUUCAAAUCACAAUCGGUAAAAGAGCAAUUCAAAGUUCGAAAACAUUUACCCCCUUCCUCUCAGACACUCCCCAGAAAAACAAAAAUCAAGAAACCAACAAUGGAUUCUAAAAAACGGAAACCCAACCUAAAUCAUUCUUCGCCAUCAUCUUCUUCAAUUUUCAGAGACAUUUCGAAUCUCAAAACCCCUCAACAUCCAUCGAGAAACCCGAGUUUCCCGGCUUCCCCGCAGUUCUUCACUGCUCUGAAAAAUACCCCCUCGUCCUCUUUCCGCCGCGGCCCCAAAACAUCGGCUUUGAAAUCGAAGGCGGCCCGUAGAUUGAAGGCAUUUGAAUUAGAGCAAUCCAAGUCUGCACGGAAUGCUCAGACUGAGAAGGAAAAAUCACUGAGAUCACUCGCGAGAUCACUUACUGUUUGGCUCAACUUUUUGUUCGAAAACCCCAGUUCGUGUGGGUGUGAUCCGGCUCUUUUUACUGGAGAACUUAAUGGUUCUGAUUCUAGUGUAGGCGGUGAGAAAAAGGAAGCAAUCGUGAAUAAUGGGAAGAGAGAGAAUUGGCCCAGCCGUAAGGUGGGAGUUGAUGGGCCGUGGAGAGGCCCGAAGAGGCAGAGGGAUUUGCUAUGGAGAGGGGAGGGGAACGAUAUGUUGGCGAAAGAUGGGUUCCCAAAUUCCAUGUUUUCUGGAUUAAGGGUUUCGUUGCAGGAGAUAUGUAGUUUUGACGACUUAAAAGAGAGAAUGAGGAUGUAUUUGAGUUUGGGUAGUUGCAAAGAUAUUUUCGAAGCAAUGACUCAAGUAACAAAGAACAUAGACGAAGGACGACUGAAAAUGAGGGCAAGUUGCCCCGUAAUGAGUGAUGUUGGGAUGAAGGAGAAAGCCAUGAAAGUUCUCAUGUCUUAUAACCCUAUUUGGCUUCGAAUUGGUCUAUACAUAAUCUUAGGUGGUGACUCCUUUUUGCCAAAGGGUAAUGUCAAUUCUGAGCCAGAAAAUGCAUUUCUGAGGAUGGUUCUUGAAAAACAAUUUUUCACACAUGCUGGACUGGCUAAAGCUCAUGCAUACAACAAGCAGGUUGAGGGUUUAUACAGGCCAGGUUACUAUGAAAAGCUGGGGAAUGUAAUUUUGAAGAGAUUCUUGUUGCUUGUGAUUAUAAUUGACAAAGCCAAGUGUCAAACAAGUCUCCCCCUUAAAUACGGGAUUGAUGGACUGGAUGGUGGGUCUCCUCCAAUGUUUACUUCAAAAUCAAAUAUCAAAUCAAGCCGUCAACUGGUUAUUGACUUUCUUUCAUCUGAUGUGAUGCAUGGGGAAGGAAGUGUUCAAGCACAUCUUGCGAUUGUUGGAUAUAGUGUAACUUACCAGCAAAAUCCUUUGGUCGAGUAUGACUUCAGAAUCUCUAAUCUACUUGAAGAUCUCCGUGAUGGCAUCAGGCUUUGUAGAGCCAUUGGACUCCUAACACAUGAUUCCUCCGUUCUCAUGAAAGUGGUAGUUCCAUCUGAUACACAGAAGAAGAGCCUGUUUAAUUGUGGUAUCGCACUGAAAUAUCUAAGGCAGGCUGGUGUAUCAUUACUUGAUGAAGAUGGGACAGAAAUUAUAGGAGAAGAUGUAGUUAGUGGUGACAAGGAGCUUACACUUUCCUUGCUCUGGAACAUGUUUGUCAACCUACAGUUGCCUCUCUUAAUCAACAAAUCACUUUUAUCAGAAGAAAUUUCAAAUAUUCGAGGAGUUGUGGAUAAUUCAAGCACCCAGAUGCCCUUGGAUUUGCUACUUAACUGGAUUCAGGCAGUUUGUGCAACUUACGAACUUAAAGUUGAAAGUCACUCAUCCUUACUGGAUGGAAAAGCCAUGUGGUGUUUGCUUGAUUUCUACUUUCGCAAAGAGCAUGACUGUUCAUGUUCCUUCAAGGAUCCAUGUGGAACAAAGAAUGAAGUUUCUAUCAUGUCAGCAAUUGAAUACACAGAUGCAGUUCACAACUUCAUACUGUCUCAAAAAUUAACAUCUUUGUUAGGGAACUUUCCAGAGGUUUUACAAGUGAGUGACAUAUUAGAGCAUAAUGGGGCAAGUAACGGGAAGAGUGUAAUUAUUCUUCUGGUGUUUCUCUCAGUUCAACUACUCGUGAAGAGAAAUAUGGAUAAGUUAAAUUUUCAUAAACUGCUGGGCUAUGGCUGCCAAAAUUCAGUCAGCAGACAAUUAAUUUCAGAGUGGAGUGAUGAGAAAGAUCCUAAAAGAGAUUUCAAAGCUAUCAUAGCUUGGUGGCAAGAUAUGGCUCAACAGAAUGGCAAGUGUAGCUUAAAGUCAGAUGCUUUUUCUGCACGCUGCCUCUUAACUGACAAAAAAGACACUGUUGUUCAAAGAGAUAAUGCUGCAACAAUCAUACAAUCUCACUAUAGACGAUUAGCGGAACAUCGAAAAUAUAUGAGGAUUACAAAUGCAGCUCUUGUCUUGCAUAGUUCCAUUUUGGCUUGGGUAUCAGUGAAGAAGAACAAAUCUAGAAUGGAGCUUGUUACAAGGAGUGAGCUAGGAUCAUCAUCUUCUAGGAGGAAGCACUUGGAAAAGUUUGGCAUGUAUGUUACACUUUUGGCUGACAGACAUUACUUUGUUAACUUGAGAAAGUCCAUCGUAGUCGUUCAGCAGGCCAUAAGGGGCUGGCUUGCUCGGAGUCACUAUAAAGCAAGGACCAUCUCUAAUGAAGCAUUUAAUAUAGAUCUCAUUGGUUUUGCCCCUGUCAUCCAGAGCUGCAACUUAGGUCAAGGAGCACCUUCUGUUCAUGCUCAGAGGACACUUAUAGAGAAAGUUUCAGCUGCACAAGUAGAAGACCGAGCGGACAAUCUCCGGACAACAGCAGCACUCACAAUUCAAAACUUCUGGAAAGACUACAUCAUUAGAAAAUCUAUGUGCUGUCAGCACAUUGCUGCAACCAAAAUACAGAGUCAUUAUCGUGGUUGGUUGAUGAGAAAGAGUUUUGCACACAAGAAGCAAGCAAUAAGAGCAAUUCAGAACUCUUGGAAAGACUACAUCGUUAUCAAAUAUAUCCGAAGGCAGCACCUCGCUGCAACCAAAAUUCAAAGUCAUUAUCGUGGUUGGUUGAUGAGAAAGAACUUUGCAUGCAAGAAGCAAGCAAUAAGAACAAUUCAGAAUUAUUGGAAAGACUACAUCGUCAACAAAUCUAUCCAACGUCAGGAUGUUGCUGCAACUAAAAUCCAGAGUCAUUACCGUAGUUGGUUGAUGAGAAAGAAUUAUGCAUGCAAGAUUCAAGCAAUAAGAGCAAUUCAGAAUUCUUGGAAAGACUAUAUUGUCAACAAAUCUAUCCGAAGUCAGCACGUUGCCGCAACUAAAAUACAGAGUCAGUAUCGUAGUUGGUUGGAAAGGAAAAGUUUUGCAUGCAAGAAGCGAGCAAUAACAACUAUUCAAAGAUCCUUCCAGUGUUUGAGGAGUAGAAGGGAGUUUCUGAUGUACAGGAAGGAAAACGUGUCGGCUAUCAUUAUUCAAUCUCAUUUUCGUGGAUGGAUGGCUCGUAAAAAAGUUCACAGAGAAAAGCAUAUUUUUGUCAGGAUGCAAAGCUUCUGCCGAGGGUGGAUGCAAAGAAAGGAAUUAUUGCUUCAGAAGGAUGCUGCUAUAAAGAUCCAAAGUGCUUUGAAUUGCAUGAAUUGUCGUCAGUCAUUCAUCUCUCAGAGGCUUGCUGCGAUUGAUAUUCAACGUUUUAUCAGAGGACAGGCCACCAGGAGAAGACUUUUAGGAGCUUUCUGUUCUACAAGAUCCAUGAUGGACAGCUACCAAGGUCUUGAAUUGAGAAUACUCCUUCAAUCAGUACUGAAGUUGCAAAGAUGGUGGCGGCACAUUCUGCAGGUUAGAAUCAAAACAAAAGCCGCAAUUGUUGUCCAGACGUAUUUUCGGGGAUGGAUGGCAAGGCAAAUGGCUAAAAAAGAAAAGCAGCGUGCAGUAGUGAUUCAAUCAUACUGGAAAGGUUACCUCGCCCGCAAAGAAGCAAAAGGCCAGCUGCUGGACUUGCGAUUGAGAAUGCAAAAAUCUGCUGCAAAUGUAGAUGAUAGCAGGCGCUUAAUAAACAGGCUUGUUUCAGCAGUGGCAGAACUUCUUAAUAUGAGAAGUGUCAGUGGCAUUUUGCACACGUGUGAAACUCUGGAUGUGGCCACAGAAUUAUCACAAAAAUGCUGUGAGGAGCUUGUCGCUGCUGGUGCCAUCACCACUUUACUAAAGUUAAUCCGCUCUGUUAGCCGGAGCAUACCGGAUCAACAAGUUCUUAAGCACGCACUCUCUACCCUUAGAAAUCUCGCGCGCUAUCCAUCCCUCGCCCACGUACUGGUUGAGAGUCAUGGAUGUGUGGAAACUGUUUUCCUUGAGUUCCUACGAAAUAAAGAGGAAGGGUAUUUCAUUGCUUCUGAGUUGUUGAAGAGAAUAUGCAAAAUCGAAAAUGGUGCUCGAGCUAUUCGCAAGUCACCAGCUAUUUUGAAGAGGUUGAACAACCUUGCUGAAGAACUGACUAGAAAGGCAGGAAAUGAUAAGAGGAAAUGGAAGAAUUUGCCAGCUAGAGAAAAUGAAGAGAGAAGAUUGAAAGAGGUUGUUGAGCUACUGAAACUCAUCAAGGUUGGAGCAUGAAGGUGCUUCUUACCCUAUUUCCUUGCCUUUACUUUGGUGCAUAUGUUUUGUGAUGUAUUUUUUGAGUGCUAGUUGACAUACUUGCCAAGGUUAUAUUUGUAUGUAUUAGAUUUGGAUUGUUGCUCAAAUUGUCAUGUCUCUAUGAUGACAAGUUGCCUUUUGCAGGCACAGAUCUUCUUUGAAGCAUCAUUUACAUUUUGUAAGAUGUUUAUGAUCUUAUAAAAUGUGAAUCUAUUCUAACUUUCAAAGUACUUGAAAAUGAUACGUAUUUUGAAAAAUUGAUGAACCUUUGUGAAUAAAAUAAGAGUCUCGUAAUAUGAGAAAUAUGGGUAUAUACUUAUUUGAAAUACUUAUUUGGGAAUGGACUGAAAAAAAUAUGGGUACUUAUUCGAAAUACUGAUUACUGAGUAAGCAUAAUAUGGUUCGGUUCAUUGAAUUUUAAUGUAUCCAAAAUUGUUUUCGGCUUUUUUUUUAGUCCAUUUUCGGCUGUUGAUUAAUAUAAUUGGGUAAUUUUCAUAAAGCAGCCGCCCCCUUAAUUUAUGUUUUCAGAUUUAAAUAGGCCCCACUGAAUCGGAAUCUUGUGAUCCACAGGUACCAACGGCCACCCCACUUGCGCCUAGUUUGGUUGGGAAUAAAGUUAAAUCUUUAUGUCAAUAAUAAUUUUGGCUCCCAAUGGCUUUUAUUAAUUUAAAGAUAAUAUUAAUAUAUUGAUACGUUAAUAUUUUAAAGAUAUAUUAAUAAUUUAUAGAGUUCCUUGUCAAAAAGAAGCACUAAAAGCGGUACCAAAAUUACUAGAUACUAGAGCCGAUUAAAAGAAUCAGGAAUUAAAUUCAUUUAAAUGUUAAUUUUUUUUAUAAAAAAAACAGAUAAUAAGAGGUUCAUAUUUUACAAGUUAUCAUAAUAUUUAUAAUUGUAAUAUUUUAAAAUUAAUAAUUUAUAAUAAUUAUGGGGCUUAUAUAUUUAUGAAGGAUUUUCCAAUAAAUUAUUAUUUUAUUAAAAUUAAUUAUUUUUUGAAGUGGUCCAACUCCAACUUGAGACGGAAGAAAUUUAUUAAUUUAGAGAGUUUAUUAAUUUAAAGAGUAUAUUGAUGAUAAAGAAUAGGUUUCAAGUGGCAUAGACAUAUACCCGAAAGAAUCAAAUAUCUGAGUUAUUUUCAAGAGCACGCAAGAAUUUAUGAAUUCAAUCAUCCAAAUGAAAUGGAAGCCACACAUAUAUAGAUAUGAAAAUAGAAUCAAGCAGCCCUUGCAGGGAGAUGGGCGUGAGCAGGAUGAAUGAAAAAACCCCUCCUGGGCACCUUCACCGUCAACACGCCGUCCACGUACUCCGCCGUAAUCCUCUCCACAUCGACCCGCUCCGGCAGCCUGAAUUUCCGGCUAAAGCUCCGGUCCGCCACCGCCUCCGUUCUUAUAAUGAGGUACCUGGAGUCUUCAACCUCCACCUUUAUCUCCUCCUUGCGCACACCUGCAACCUCACAAACAUAUAUAUAUAUCUACCCAAAUUUCAGUCCUAUAAAAGAAGAAGAAGAAGAAGAAGAAGACGAACCUGGGAUGUCGGCGGAGUAAAGAUGGGAGUGAGGGGUCUGAGUCCAGUGCACAUAAUUUGGAGAGGGGAAGAGAUGGCCAUGGCCAUAGCCAUAGGUGUAAUUGUAAAUUGAAGGAUGGAAUGAUGCGACUUCCAUACUCGAUCUCUCUC